ACAUUAGUAUGUUUCAUUUUCAAAACAGUUUCUUAAAUUGUGUAUGUCCCACUACAUUCAGAAGGAAUAUUACUGAAACUAUUAACUGUUUGUCUUGUCAGUGCGAUCAACACGAAAAUAACUUGUCUUAAAGACAAGAGCAAUGCGGGCUGUGAUGGAUCCAGCUAUCUUAUGGUGGCCGAGGCAUCAAGAAAGGUUCUCGGUGGAGUUGCUAAUUGUGCAAAAUCCGACACUUGUACAUGUGAAACAAACUACGCUACUGCAGAUCUCAGCACCAAGGACAAACAGUGCAGUAAAGCAAAAAUCGCCAAGGAAUGCUUGCAGAACAUUACGGCAACAGAGACAGGAUGUGAUGGAAGUAGUUCUCCUACACAAGUCAUUACCAACUACGCUCAACCACUGAUUGACCAGUAUUGUGGUGCUGCAUCUCUGACUGGAGUUGGUUUGACUGUUGGUAUCCUUGUCAUGUUGCUGGAGAUCACCAGACGGAUUUAAAACGUCUAAAUGAUGUUUGUUUUUUCAAGUUUGCUGUGAUAAUAAAUACACAUGUAAUAAUAAGAACAACAACCAUCAGAGACCUUCGUGAUUGAAUUCGAAUUUCAAUUGUUUGAACAUUUUGUGUGAAUCUUUUGUCCAAUAUGGAGAUACCAACCAAUACCUUUUUUCAAUUUCUUCUUAAGUUAAUAAACUAAGCAUUGUUUUUCAUUUGAUAAAAUAUGUUUUUAUUUUCUAGCAACAAAACAUAUAUUUACAUUUGCUUUUAUAUUAAAAUUUUAAAGAAGAUGACUUUACACAACUUUUCGAUAUAUCAUUGUCGUGUUCAGAGAACCGUUCCUUCUAUAUAAUCUUGCCAUGAGUGCUACUUUGAAAUACCUUUUUUUCUGUGUUUACAUUAAAUUUGGUUGUUUGCAUAUGAAUAAUUAUUAGUGUGUUUGUAUCAAUAUUAUGAAUGAACAUUUCAGAUUCCAAGCACCAAUAUAUUUGGGUCAAUUUGUUUUCCAUUAAAAUAAAACGAGCUUCUUAAUCAGUUUCAAAAUGCAUAUCAUGUCAUGGAAUAACAUUGUUUAAAGGUAAGAAGCUAAUGCAUUUUCUGUAAAUUUUGAAUACAUAGCCUGGAGUGCUAGAUUUACCAUUUGAUAAUGAGGCAAAAUAAGUUUUUGUUCAUCUGUAAUAUUGGCAACAUAAAACAAAUCCAAAGCUGGUAAUAAUGCCAUUGAUGCUUCAUUUUUGUUUAAAACAAAGUACGAAAAUUAUACGACCAUUCCCGAAAUUAUUAUUUAAGUAUAUACAUUUCUGGUGUAUUUCUUUAAAUGAACGAAAACAAUUGGGAUUUGCAUCAAUAUUUGAACCUUUUAAAUAGCAUUUUGAUAUAAUAUCUGAUGAACUGACACGUAAUACAAAUAAUGAUCCACUUUAAACGAGUUGUUGUAUUACAUAUAUACAAUCUUUCUUUUUUUAGACAUCUAUUCAGAUAUUACUAAUAUUUUUAGUCCAAAAUUUACCAGUCUUUGGAUCACAAAUGUGGAUGGAUUUAAUGAUAUGGAGCUUGUUUCAUUGAAUAAAAAUUCAUUCACACCA